AUGGUCGGAUUCAACGCUCUGCCACUGGAGCUCACGACUCGGAUCUUCCGAGCCUGCAUCUCGAAGUAUAAAGGCGAGCCGGACCUCGUUGACCGCCGACAAGCCCCGCGUCUUCUUACCAAUGUUUGCUCAACAUGGCGUCGUAUUGCCAUCUCAACACCCGUGCUCUGGAGUAGCUUGCACAUCGACUUCGACUCGAUAGAACGUAUGCCUAACUUCUACAAGCUUGUAGAACUAUGGCUUUCUCGCGCUGGCAAUCAUGCUCUUGAUAUCUCAAUCAAGGGGUGCUUACAUGCAGACGACUCGGACCCUGGUGACCGAGAAGACUAUGGUAUCGAGGAGUUCUUCGCUAUCUUCGUACCCCACAUCCAGCAUAUCCGCGUUUUCUCCGUAUUCCUCAGUAUCGAUGACCUCAGCUUGCUAGAAGACCGGGUGGAGAACAACAAGUUCCUCAUGCUUGAGGAAUUGGAGCUGGGGAUGAAUAUUGAAGACAUUGAGGACGAGGAAAUUGAAUGGAUUGACACCUCGCUCUUUCGCUCGGCUACGAAGCUGCGCGAACUUGACAUUCAGUUCCUACCUCUGUCAUUCUUCAAAGGACCGUUGCGUCAAAUCACAGAUUUCUCUGCCCAAGGUUAUAACCCCCAAGAGGCCAGGGAUGCUCUCGCUCGUCUUCCAGGUGUCAUGCGCUUUGGAUUGGAUGAGUGCCGAUCCAGCGUGAGCAUUGGGCGUGUCAAGCCGCUGGUGCAUUCAACAUUGAAACACCUCAAUCUGACUCUCGAGUGGAGCAAUAUGAAAUCGCAAACGACCAUUCUUCAACGGUUGACCCUGCCGUCUUUAGAAGAUCUCCGGCUCGAGCAUCCUGCGGCGGUUGGCAACGUAUUGAAAGAAUUCCUCGCUCGGUCAUCGUGGCCAGCGUUAAAAACUCUCCACCUGACUCCUCUCGCACAGCAUGCGCCCCUACAGCUCGAGGUGUUCCACAAGCUCACCAGCCUCGAGGAGCUCGUCAUCUGUCGACCGAAAACAAAUGACCUGAAAGUUUUUUGCGAAAAGUUCGGCUCGGAUCCCGCAUUUCUUCCCAAAAUCGUUCGCCUGACGAUAGAUUUCCGGACGCAAAAAUCUGAUGCGCAAGCCGCAGACCCUGCGUCUGCCCUGCAAUUCAUCUCCAAGGCAGCUACCAAUCGCGUUGCUCUGAAGCCAUCGUGGUCAUUACGCACACUCCGGGUCAAAUGGGAGCCACAACUAACCGGAACUCUCGCAGAAGAGCAUCUUGGGGCGCUCGAAGCGCUGAACAAGAAGGGAAUUGUGGCUUGCAUUGGUGCCAAUACUAGUAAUGCGGAUACUGCUAGUAGCGACAGCGGCGACCACGAUUCAGGGGUUGAAGAGGACUCUGACUCUGAGAUGGAAUAG